AUGAGAAAAGACGGAAAACUGCCGUCGUCUGGUAACAUGACGGUUCAAGUGUUUAACGUAUCGGAGGGAGGUUUGAGUCCAGAAUCGAUGAGCACGACGUGGCAAGUGGCGGAAAACCGACAAACCAACCAAAUAUGCACGGUGCAGUCGCUUGGAAAGGAAGAAUUCCUACAGCUUAUUGAGCGUUACGUUAAAACAACACACGCCAAGACUCACCAUCAAUACACUCUGGAUGUCCUCGGCGUUUUCUUUAUCGACAACAAGUCGACAUUCACCGACAUCUGCAACAGGCAGCUCUUAUGGCAUGGCUCUAGGCCGACCGAUUGGGUUGGCAUUCUGAGUGAAGGUCUCGAGAUUGCACCCCCAGAAGCACCAGUCACAGGCUACAUUUUUAGAAAAGGUGUCUAUUUUGCUGAUAUCUGGUCAAAGAGUGCGAACUAUUGUUUUGCUACUCGCUCGAAAAACGUCGGUCUUCUUCUACUUUGUGAUGUAUCGUUGGGGACAACGAAUGAUUUGUUAGCUGCAGAUUAUGAUGCAGAUCAGCUGCUGCGUGGAAAGCAGAGUGUUAUGGGGAAAGGAAGGAUUGCACCCGAUCCAGGGAAUAUACACACAAUGUCUGAUGGUUGUGUCGUUCCUCUCGGUCCAACUUGUGAUACCAAAGUACAUAACCCACACGGCUACACACUCGAAUGCAACGAGUACGUCAUAUAUGAUGUGAAGCAGAUCAAGAUGCGUUAUCUGGUGAAACUGAGAUUCAAUUUCAAAAAGCUAUCAGCAGUUCAAUACAAAACAACUAAACUUUUGUCUUUACUGUAUCUUCUAUAUACACUAUUUGUACAAUAACUUCCAUUAUAAUGAGUGUUCAUCUUGUAAGAAGAGGCUGAGGUUUGUGUGUCUGUCCUUCACUCGUGGUGUGAUAUCAUACUGUACAAGUCGACAUAAAUGAACGUAUUGGUGGCUGCUUGACAUCCUGCCACAUCCAG